AUGUCCUUAAAAUACUUACUGGCCAAUCUGACCUAUAGAGCUAAGCAACAGUACCUGUUUUCCUUGUUGCAGCGCUGCAAAAGAAGCAAGGAGCUCACCCAGAUUCAUGCCCAGAUAGUGGUUAAUGGCUUCUCUCAGAAAAAUUACAUUCUUGCCAAGCUUUUGUCCUUCUGCGUCACCUCUGGGAGCCUCGUACGUGCCCAACUGGCUUUUGACCAGAUCAUGGAUCCGAGCACCAUUCUAUGGAAUCAGAUGAUCAGAGGGUACGCUUUGAGCGAAACACCAAAGAAAUCCUUCCAGUUAUACAAUCAAAUGGGAGCUACUGAAGCCAAACCUGAUGGUUUCACCUUCUUGUUCCUUCUUAGUGCUUGUCUAAGACCGUCCUACUUGAAAGAAGGGGAACAACUACAUGGGAGAAUUAUGUCCAAUGGACUCUGCUCAAAUGUUUUUGUGCAGACAAAUCUAAUCAACAUGUAUGUUACUGCAGGAGGGGUUGCUGGUGUUCUCAAGGCACGUAAGGUGUUCGAUGAGAUGACUCAACGGAGUGCAAGGACAUGGAAUUCCAUGCUUUCUGGCUAUUUUAGAUGUGGAGACGUUAAGACUGCAGGGGAAAUAUUUGAUAGCAUGCCAGAGAGGAAUACCGUAUCAUGGACAACCAUGAUUGCAGGCUAUGCCAAGACCGGGAAAUGCAAGCAGGCACUGGCAUUGUUCUAUCAGAUGAGGAAAGCUCAUGUGGAAGUGGACCAGGUAGUUUUAUUAGCAGUAUUAUCAGCUUGUGCUGAACUAGGAGACUUGAGAACAGGAAGAUGGAUACACUCCUAUCUUGACAAGGCUUCAUGCAUUCAAAAACCACAUUAUGUGCCUCUAAAGAAUGCACUCAUUCAUAUGUAUGCAAGUUGUGGAGUUAUUGAAGAAGCUUACAGGAUGUUCAAAGAGAUGUCACACAGAAGCACCAUCUCUUGGACAACCAUGAUCACAGGUUUCGCAAAGCACGGCUUUGGAGUGGAGGCUCUGGCUGUCUUCCGGUGGAUGCAAAGUGUGGAAGGAGAAGGAAAUAGACCUGAUGAGAUAACCUUCAUUGGGGUGCUGUGUGCCUGCAGCCACACGGGAUGGGUUGACGAGGGUCUCACUUAUUUCAAGUGCAUGACUACCACUUACAACCUUGAGCCAAGGAUUGAGCACUACGGGUGCCUGGUUGAUCUGCUGAGUCGUGCAGGUCAAUUGGAUGAAGCGCAGAAGCUUAUUGAGACUGUGCCGAUGAAACCAAAUACUGCUAUAUGGGGCGCUCUCCUUGGUGGUUGCAGGAUUUACAAGAAUGUGGAGCUUGCAGCCAAUAUUGAUAACCAGUUGGUUUUAGAGGUUGAGCCAGACCAAGCUUCUGGAUUUCUAGUGCUCUUGUCGAACGUGUAUGCCGCAGCCAAAAGAUGGGAUGAUGUUGUUACGGUUAGACAGAGGAUGGUUGCAAUGGGUCUGAGGAAGCCUUCAGGUCGCAGUUGGAUCCAAGUGGACGGAGUCAUCCAUGAAUUUGUUGCAGGUGAUCAGAGCCACAGGCAUGCGACUGCUAUCUACAAGAUGGUUGAAGAGAUCACAAGGCUGGCCCAAUUGGAAGGCCACGUACCAUGCACAUCAGAAGUCUGUUGGAUGUAGAAGACUAGGGGAGGGUGAGCAGUUUCUCUACAUUCACAGUGAGAAAUUGGAGAUGGCUUUUGGGUUGGUCAGCAUCCCAGACAUAGGGACAUCAAUUCUAAUUGUAAAAAAUCACAGGGUCUAUUCAGACUUCAGGCUGCCAUUCCAUCACUAAAUUUGUUUCAAUGAUUUUUGACAGAAAUAUCAUUAUAAAAGAUCACACUCG